AAAUAUCAUUCAACUAAAUUCAUAAUACUGCCUAAAAUACAACAUUUAAUCUCAACUUAACCCAAUCAACCCGGUUUUAUAAAUAUUUUUUUUCUUUUGUUGGUAAGAUAAAGGAUCUUAUCGAAGUGAAAAAAACCUCUCACGGACCAACUCCACCUGAAUUUUAUAUAUAUAUUCAAAUCCAUAUCAAUGUAUCAUCGAUAGUAUAGUACUCCGUACUCUGUAUAAAUUGUUUGAAAUAAUUUCCAUAUGUUAUAUUUUUGAAGUAAAAAAAAAAAAAAAAAAAAAAAAAAUAGAAAACUAGAAUCUUGGUUUUCUUUUCCCCCCUGUCAUUCAUUCAUACUCCCUAUGUUACACUUCCCUUCUUUUCUCUCUCCUCUAACAAUGGUGGUUCGAUGGCGAGCAAGAAACCUCAUCAAUGGAAGACGAUGAGAGUUUCAACCAAAACCCUAACCCUAACCCUAAAUUUUCUCAAUUAAUUUCUCAAUUUGGGGUUUUUUCUCAUCGAUUAAUUCGUUCCACCACCGCUGCUAAAACCUCAUGCCGAGCGACGUCGUUCCAAAGCCGGCAGCUCCAUCGCCGAUUCUCGAUCGAUUUCGGUUUCUUCUCAGUGAAAGAGAAGCCCAGUUUAGGGUUUCCGAAGAUGAUGGAGACGAACUCGUUUGUAUUCCGCCGCCUUCUAUGGCAGAGAUUGUGACUUUUUACGAGGAUGUUUUGUCGGAAUUAACGUUUAAUUCGAAGCCAAUAAUUACAGAUCUUACGAUUAUUGCUGGUGAACAGAGAGAACAUGCUGAGGGUAUUGCUGAUGCUAUUUGUGCUAGGGUUUUAGAGGUUCCAGUUGAUCAAAAGAUGCCCUCUUUGUAUUUAUUGGACAGCAUUGUCAAGAAUAUCGGUCGCGAAUACGCUAGGCACUUUGCUUCUCGUUUGCCGGAGGUGUUCUGUGAAGUUUAUAGACAAGUCCCUCCAAAUUUGUAUCCUUCAAUGCGCCAUCUGUUUAGAACCUGGUCUACCGUCUUCCCAUCAUUGGUUCUUAGUAUGAUUGAGGAUGAGUUGCAGUUCUCUCCAAGGGUAAACCAACCAUCUUCCAACUUAGCCAGUAUGAGGGCUUCCGAAUCCCCUCGACCCUCUCAUGGCAUUCACGUCAAUCCCAAGUAUCUGGAAGCCAGACGGCAAUUUGAUAAUUCUUCACUUAAUAAUAAAAUUCAACUUGGGAGAGGAGCAUCUACCUUGAAGUCACUGGGUCAGAAACAUUCUGUUGGAUAUGAAGAAUAUGAUUUAUAUCAAGGAGAAAGCACAGCCUCCCACAUUGAUGCUCAAAGAUUUAACUCCUCUGCUUAUGGUGGACGUCCAUCGUUUCCACUAUCAACAGACAAGUUGCUUCCAUCUGCAUGUGGUCCAGCUAGACCCUUAUCACCAUCAGCUGACGAGUUUAUGGUGUCCAACUCACCAGGUAGGGUAUUUGAAGGGGCAUCUCCUUCUCGUCCAGGAUUUAAUUAUGGACGUAGGAGAGGAAGAGAUGAGGAGACUGGUGACUGGCAGAAAAGACUUCGCUCUGAUGAUUCCUAUCGUGGUUUUGAAAAUGCUGCGAACUAUGGUUUAGGCAAUGGUUUUGAACAUGACAGACCACGGGCUUUAAUUGAUGCGUAUGGACAUGAUGACGGACAAAGACCUUUGAAUGACAAACUUCCUGGUAUGGAUCGUCUAAUUGUAAAUGGUUCAGUGAAUAAACUUACUGAAAGCUCAUGGCAAAAUACCGAGGAAGAGGAAUUUGAUUGGGAAGAUAUGAGCCCAACGUUAGCUGAUGGAAAGACCAGCAACGUCACUGCAUCUUCUUUGCCAUCCAGAGGCUUUAAAGCCAUACCUGGUGUUGGUACUCUUGGCUCCAGACCUUUUGAUCCCCAAAAGUCUGUUGAAGAUGGUGUUCAUAUAUCAUCCAACAGGCCGUUUUCUAGAAAUGAGAUGAAUCAUUCUCAAGGAGCUUGGAAGUUGCCUGGCAGUCUCUCUGUGCCUGUACCUGUUGCUGGAAGAGAGAAUAGCUCUCAGCUGAUAUUACCUGUGAAUGGAGUGCCGUCAUCAUUGUCUGAUGGAAAGCCUAUGUCAGCAGACCACUAUGCUGCAGUCCCUAUGCAGAAUGUUAUGUCUAGAGGUGUUUCUUCAGGUUUUAAUUCUUUUGAAGCAAGAGCUCCUUCACCUGCUGUGGGGCAAGUGCCAACUAGCUCGUGGCCUUCUACAAGUUCACAUAAUAUGCUGCCUUCACCACCUUUGUAUAUGCAGCCAAAACAUCCUAGAGCUUCCUUUGAUUAUAGAAAUCAUAGUUACAGUGUCCUUGGUCAAGGCAAUCAACAAUUUGAUACUGAUGACAAAAGAAAUCUGAUUCCUGCAAAGCCGGGACAACGGCCUCAGCUUAGCUUCACCCCUUUGCAAUAUUCCACACAACAACCAGGAUCGUUGCAGCAGUUGCAUCCGCCACAAGAACCUCGGCAGAAUGCGGUAUCAUUGCCACCGCAGACAAUACUGCCAUCUAGUCUUGGAUAUACACCACUAGGUCAUGGGGUUGCUGCUACUAAUAAUGUGCGCAAUCCAGUACCUGGUUCUCAUCCUUAUCCACCCUUCCAAAAUAUGUCCAAUGGUUAUAUGCAUUUCCAAGCACCAAUGGCACCGCUCCCUAUAGCCCCUCGUCCCCAUCCUCAAUUUUUACCUCUUCCCCAGAGUUCUGGUCCCCUUGCUAACCAACCACCAACUGCUGGUAUAGCUGGUUUACUCAAUACUGGUUUACUUAAUUCUCUUGUUGCUCAAGGUUUAUUCCCAUUGAAACAGACUCCUGUACAGGAUUCUCUUGGAGUAGAGUUUAACCCUGAUCUUCUUAAAGUGCGUCACGAGUCAGCCAUAAGGGCUUUGUAUGAGGAACUACCCAGACAGUGCACCACCUGUGGCCUUCGGUUUAAGACCCAAGAAGAACACAGUAAGCACAUGGAUUGGCAUGUGACUAAAAAUCGAAUUUCAAAGAACCGUAAGCACAACCCAUCUCGUAAAUGGUUUGUCAGUGUGAAUAUGUGGCUCAGUGGUGCAGAAGCAUUGGGGACUGAUGCAGCUCCUGGAUUUUUGCCAACUGAGAGUGUUGUUGAAAAGAAGGAUGAUGAAGAGAUGGCAGUUCCAGCAGAUGAGGAUCAGAAUACAUGUGCUUUAUGUGGGGAGCCUUUUGAAGAUUUUUACAGUGAUGAAGCUGAAGAAUGGAUGUAUAGAGGGGCUGUAUACUUGAAUGCACCUUCUGGGUCUACUGUAGGUGUGGACAGAUCACAGUUGGGCCCUAUUGUGCAUGCAAAAUGUAGGUCUGAUUCUAGUGUUGCUCCAACAUGAAGAACAGAUAAGCAUCUUGCUUUAUGGGAUAGAGGAGGCUAGACAAAUGAAACAAUUGCGGAGUAAUCAUCAACCCAGUUUUCUGUUUUCCCUGUAACAUUAAUAUGAUUUCUUCUUGUUAGUGAUAGGAUCUUACAUUUUAACUUUUCCCCUCCCCCCUUAUUUUACCUUGGUGCUCAAGUGGUGACAUCAUGCCAGAAUUAUGUACAUACAGUGGAGAUAUACCAUCCAUAGUCCCCUGCAGUUGCAGCAAAAUGCAUUAGCUCGAGAAUUUACAUCUUUGGCGUACUUUUUCAGCUUUACUGAUGAAUAUUUGGAGGAUACCCCUGAUAACUUUUUACCCCCCUCCCCCCCCCCCCUCCCCCUUCUGAAAAAAUGUCUCCCCUCCCCCCUUUUCCGUAUCAUUCUCUACAUUUAUUCAGUUUGAACUAUCUGCAAAUUAUUUUGUACAUCGAAAAUUAUCUGCAAAUACUGCUGUCUUGUACGUCGAUUGCAGGGUAGGUUCAUGGCAAUCAGGGCUCUUAGCAGAUUCCUCCAAUCUAUUCAGAGUUCGUCUUGCUAGGAUAUGCGCAGCUUACUGAAAUGGAAGAGUGCCCUGUUAUUCAUGCAAAAUGUUCUGAUAAAUAUUGUGGCUUGUAAUUACUGUCACUGAAACAUUGUGCUAUAUCAAUGUUUGAACUCUUAAAGAUUCUUCGCUUUUUAAUUGGUUAAAACUGUUAUUAAUUUCAGUUUAA